CUAGAUAGGCAGCGCACUUGGUUUUUAGGACACUGCCUGUCUUUGCUCUUCAUUUACACCCAUCAGCUCAGUCCACUCGCUAAUUCUGGAGGAACUACACCUUUUAAAAAUCAUUUCUAGCGCUUCACGUCCAACUGACACGAGCAUAUCGGACUUUGUCGCUCAUAUGUGGAGUACAUUUGGGAAUCUUGAGUGAUUUGAGCAGAAGUUUGAGCUCUUAUUGGUUUUACAGGAGCUAAUGUUAGCCUGCUAGCUCUUAAUCUGUUUAUUAACCUCAUCAAAUCAACAUGAAGAUCACUGUGGAUUUUGAGGAAUGUCUCAAGGACUCUCCUAGAUUCAGGGCGACGAUCGAGGAGGUGGAGGGAGAUGUCUGUGAGCUGGAGUCCAAACUAGACAAGCUGGUGAAACUCUGCAUCGGGAUGAUAGACGCUGGAAAGGCGUACAACACGGCCAACAAGCAGUUUGUGAACGGGAUUCGGGAGUUAGCACAGCAGUCCGCCAAAGAUGAUGUCAUUGAGUCCAGUCUCACCACGUUUGCAGAGAAUCUUCAAGAGAUGAUCAACUACCACACGAUUUUAUUUGACCAAGCGCAGCGAUCCAUCAAAUCUCAACUCCUGGCGUUUGUGCGAGAGGACCUUCGGAAGUUUAAAGAAGCUAAGAAACAGUUUGACAAAGUGAGCGAGGAGAAAGACACAGCGCUGUCCAAAAAUGCCCAGGCGCCCCGGAACAAACCGCACGAGGUGGAGGAGGCCACCAACAUCCUCAUCGCCACGCGCAAGUGUUUCCGGCACAUCGUCCUGGACUACGUGCUGCAGAUUAAUGUGCUCCAGUCGAAGAGGCGAUCAGAAAUCCUCAAAUCGAUGCUGUCGUUCAUGUACGCCCACCUGACCUUCUUCCACCAGGGCUAUGAUCUGUUCAGUGAACUACAACCCCUUAUGAAGCACCUGACUGGACAGCUGGAUCAGCUGGUUAUGGAUUCGGCCAAAGAGAGGAAGGAUAUGGAGACGAAACACUCAACUAUUCAACAGAAGGACUUCUCAAAUGACGACACUAAGCUUGAGUACAAUGUGGAUGCAGAGAAUGGGAUUGUCAUGGAGGGAUAUCUGUUCAAGAGGGCCAGUAACGCCUUCAAAACAUGGAACAGGCGAUGGUUCUCAAUUCAGAACAAUCAGCUAGUGUACCAAAAGAAAUUUAAGGAUAACCCUACAGUUGUGGUGGAAGACUUGCGCUUGUGCACCGUCAAACACUGCGAGGACAUUGAGCGCAGGUUUUGUUUCGAAGUCGUUUCUCCAACCAAGAGCUGUAUGAUGCAAGCGGACUCUGAGAAGCUCAGGCAGGCCUGGAUCAAAGCCGUCCAGAACAGCAUCGCCACCGCCUUCAGGGACCGAGCAGAGGACGCAGAGGUACCACGCUUUCUGUUUCCUUCAGCUCACUCAUGCCCAGCUGGAGGAGCUCAGUGUAACCGUGGCAUGUGUUUGCAGAAGAUGGACAGAAAGUCGUCCACCUCUACCGGCAGUCUGGACUCUGCGGGCGAAGCGAAGGAGAAGUCUCUGAAGGGGGACGGUGCGCUGCAGAAGGUCAUGGCCAUCGCUGGGAACAGCAGCUGCUGUGACUGUGGGCAACCGGACCCGUGCUGGGCCAGCAUCAACCUGGGCAUCACUCUCUGCAUACAGUGCUCCGGGAUACACAGGAGUCUUGGAGUUCAUUUCUCUAAGGUCAGAUCUCUGACGCUGGACACAUGGGAGCCUGAACUGCUCAAGGUGAUGUGUGAGCUGGGUAAUGGUGUCAUAAAUCAGAUCUACGAGGCUCGACGAGAAGAGCUAGGAGCCAGAAAACCACAACCAGGAGAUCCCAGGCAUGAGGUGGAGGCCUACAUUAAAGCCAAGUAUGUGGAGCGAAGGUUUGUACAGAGACGGUCGGAAGAUGAGAUCAGACAGAAGGUUUUAUCACUGAGUAAACAAGAUAAACGUCUCAGCGACUGCUCGGAUGCCCAACCUACAAGUGGACAGUCAACGUCAAAACCCCAUCCAGCCUCGGGUUCCUCUGCGCACCACGAGUCUCUCUUCUGUGUAGAUGAGCUUGAUUCUCUCUUCUCCUACUUUAACUCCUCCGCCAAGCCUCGCCGCUUGAAAAGUGCCGACGCUGAAGUGCAGAACCAAUCAGAUGGCAGCAGAGAGAUGUUGAGCACGAGUGCGUCCUCCAACAACACGGAUCCCCCAGAGGAGUGUCCUGGUAAAGCCGUGGUGGUGUUCCUGGAGCCGGAGCAGUUCAGCCCGGGCCUGCAGCUGUACUGGGCCUCGUUCGCACGCAGUUUACCCGACAUGGCCGAAGCCCUGGCGCACGGGGGAGGGGUUAACUGGACCAACACAGACGACGGGAACAGGACUCCGCUCAUCAUGGCCGUUCACGGGGGGUCUCUCGUCACCUGUGAAUUCCUGCUCCAAAAUUCAGCCAGUGUCAAUCAGCUGGACAAGCUGGGCCGAGGCCCUUUACAUCACGCCACUAUACUGGGCCAUACUGGACAAGUGUGUUUAUUUCUAAAACGUGGAGCCAAUCAGAACGCAGCAGACGCAGAGAAUCAAACGCCACUGACAAUCGCAGUCGAGGCAGCAAACGCUGACAUCGUCACAUUGCUUCGUCUGGCCAAGAUGAACGAGGAGAUGCGUGAAUCGGAGGGUCCGUACAGUCACUCAGGUCAUUAUAACUCUAACAGCCCUACUGAAGUGCAGUACCGCAAGUGUAUGGAGGAGUUCAUUAGCUUGCAGCUCCGAGACGCCUAACACACGCCACAAACCUGUAGCAGCCGAAUG